GUGUGGUGAAAUCAGGCGUGUGAUCCGUGCUGCAGCAACGUGCCUCGGCUCUUCUUGCAUCCCCUCAGCCUUCUUCUUCUUGUAUCUGCAUUCACACCAAGGCUGUUUCACGUCCUCUUACUGGCUUCAUCAUUGGGCCCUGCUGCUUGCCCCCCUCCCUCUUUUUUUGGACUCGGUAUUUUUUUUUUGUUGGCUCAUUUUGUCCGAUCUCGCCCGGGUUCUUCCCGCUUAGCGUGAUGCAUCGUGGGCUGGGAAGUGACUAAAAAAAAACCAAGACGGACAUCUGCACCAGAAGAGGAGACGAAAAGAUGGUGAUGGUGACGAUGACGACGACUGCUGCUGCUGCUUCACCAAAUUUAGCCUCCAAAUGUUCGACGGCCAUGGCGAAACCUUCUUCCCUUCCCUUCAAGCUAUUCCUCUGGUUCUUUAUCGCCGUCAAUCUCCCCACGAGCUCCUUUCAGACUGAUGAUGAUGAUGAGGUAUCCAACAAGACGUGGGUGCUGACCCCAAAGGUAUAUGAGAGUGACGUCACGCACAUCCUCAAUGGCCUGCUAGACGGAUACGACAACAAACUGAGGCCUGAUAUCGGAGUUAAACCCACAGUGAUCCACACAGACAUGUUUGUCAACAGCAUCGGGCCAGUGAAUGCCAUCAAUAUGGAAUACACCAUUGACAUCUUCUUUGCCCAGACCUGGUACGACAGAAGGUUAAAAUUCAACAGCACGAUGAAGGUGUUGCGUCUCAACAGCAACAUGGUCGGGAAGAUCUGGAUCCCUGAUACAUUUUUUCGCAACUCAAAGAAGGCAGACGCUCACUGGAUCACCACGCCCAAUCGCAUGCUUCGGAUUUGGAACGACGGAAGGAUACUCUACACGCUCAGGUUGACCAUUGAUGCUGAAUGCCAGUUGAAACUGAACAACUUCCCAAUGGAUGAGCACUCGUGCCCCUUGGAAUUUUCAAGCUAUGGCUACCCCAGGGAGGAGAUUGUGUACAAGUGGAAGAGGAGCUCAGUGGAGGUUGGAGAUAUCCGCUCCUGGAGGCUUUACCAGUUUUCCUUUGUGGGCCUGAGGAACACCUCGGAGAUUGUUAGGACCGUCUCAGGAGACUAUGUGGUCCUGACGGUCUUCUUUGACCUGAGCAGGAGAAUGGGCUACUUCACCAUCCAGACCUACAUCCCUUGCACUCUGAUUGUUGUUCUCUCUUGGGUCUCAUUCUGGAUCAACAAGGAUGCAGUGCCGGCCAGGACAUCACUAGGCAUCACCACUGUGCUGACCAUGACCACGCUGAGUACCAUAGCCCGGAAGUCCCUCCCUAAAGUCUCCUACGUGACCGCCAUGGACCUGUUUGUGUCCGUCUGCUUCAUCUUCGUCUUUGCUGCGCUAAUAGAAUACGGCACGUUGCACUACUUUGUAAGCAACCGAAAACCCAGUGCCAAAAAGGACAAGAAGAAGAAAAACCCGCUCCUCCGGCUCUUUUCCUCCAAGACGCCCACGGUGGACAUCCGCCCGCGCUCGGCCACGGCCAUCCAGAUGAACAACGCCACGCACAUGCAGGAGCGUGACGAGGAGUACGGCUACGAGUGUCUGGACGGCAAGGACUGCACCAGCUUCUUCUGCUGCUUCGAGGACUGCCGCUCGGGGGCGUGGCGACACGGCCGCUUGCACAUCCGCAUCGCUAAGAUUGACUCGUACGCGCGCAUCUUCUUCCCAACUGCAUUCGGUCUCUUCAACCUGGUCUACUGGGUGUCCUAUCUCUAUCUGUGAGAGCGUGCAUCCAGCCUUAUCACCGGCACGCUCUUUACAUUGUGGGAUUUGUUGUUGUUUUUUUAUUUGACUCUUAUUAUUAUUAUUAUUAUUAACAACAUCGUCAUUGGAUUUAUUUGUUUUGGGUGUGACAGACAUCGCAAAUCUUGUAGCAUUACAUUUAACCGGCAUGAAAAAGAUCGAUAAAGACUGAUUAGAAUUAUUCCUGUGUGUGUUAAUCUUCACUGUGCCAAUGCCUCGUUUCUUUGUUUUUUGCACCCUGACAAAUAGAAAUGACCCGCUGUUUAUGUACAGGAGUUUAUGUCAAAUAGUGUGGAGCACUUUUAUUAUGGAUGGCCGUUUGAGUUGUUUCCUCUAUCAAUUAUGGGGGAAUAAAUUAUUAGAAUUUUUUUUUAUUUAUUUAUAUUUUUUUUAAAGGGACGGGAGACUCUCUCUGAAUGUUCUCAACUCCUAAUUCCAUUCCAGUGUUGUGUUGAGCAGAAUAACGCUGCCCAAGGGAGUUUGGCUGGCAUCAUGCGACUUAUUUAGUUGAGACGGAGUCAAUAGCGCCUCUGCUGGUUGCCACCAAGUAUUGCACUCCAUUUUUUUUUUUUAGCAGUGAAUUUAUUACACCCAUCCCUGAAGGAAAGUCUUCUAAUAGCACAACUAAAGUCACAUUUUUACAUGUAGUCAAAGCUAUGACAAUGAUGAUGACUGUACAGACACUGUAUAUAUUUUACUAUCACACUGGUUUAUAUUUAUUGCAUGCAUCUUUCGAGGCCAAAAGAAUACAUUCUUUAUUUUGUUUUUAUUUUAUUGACUGGGUGUCCUUCAGGGUUUCAUUCUUCACUCAUUCUUUCUUUAUACACAGCUCAUCAGGGUAGAGUUUUAGUAGAUAUCAUACAUUGUGCUGAUGCAAGAUGCCACACAAAAAAGGUGCAACAUACCAUCCAUUUUCUAUACCGCUUAUCCUCCUUAGGGUGCAUGUCCUCCGACAUGUAAGAAAGCUGCAGUUCACAGAAGAAUUUGUGCUAAUUCAACAUUCCAAAGCCGAUUUCAUGCAAUUGUGGGAACAAAAAUGGCAAUGCAACCAUAAAGUUUAUUAGUCAUUAUGAAGAAUUGUGGGUUGAUUUUCCCAUGAGGGACCCAGGUUAAAUGCUCUGGUGGAUCUUUAUGGCCCACGUGCUGCAAGUUGCCCACCCAAGAUGACAAAAAGUCACAUAAAACAUAUGUUCCAUUCAACAACAGAUGUACAAGCCUUAUCACUGAACAUCUCACUUCAUGUUUGUUUUCAUUUGCUUGGAAAAAAGCACCACAUUUGUAAAUGUGUAUAAUGUUAUGUAUAAUAGCUAUAUAACGCAAAAACAUAACCUGAAAAAAUACACCCUGAGCAUUUUUGAUAGAUGACAUCAAUUACAAAAAAAAUAACAAAAAAGGGGGUUGGAGGGUGUAAAUCAAAUUAUUUCUGUACAUAAAUUAUGAAAAAAAGGGUAUAAAGAUAUAUAUUUUGUAAUUUCCGCUGGUUACACUAUUUGAAAUGACAGUAUAAUAGACUUAUGUAAUGGACUGACGUAGAAUAAUCCAAGGGUGGAAGGUAUUUAUUGUUUAUUUAUGCUACUUAUUUAUUUCAUGGAAAUAAAUUGUACUUUAUGUUUAAAAAAAAUGGAGAGAAAAAACAAUGCAUUGACUGCAUUUUUAAGUCAAAAUGUCAAUGGAGCUACUUGUGUUUGUUUUUUUCUCUCUAUGUUGUGAUCGAUGUUCUCACCGAGGCCUGUCCAACUGUUCUAUUUGUUCUAAUGUGACUUCUCUUUAACGCAGCUUCUCAGUCGUUUUCAUAGGAAGAAAAGAAAAAAAAAAAAACGAACAAGCACCCAAGAACAUUCAAGGACAAUGUUGACGCAUUUGUCAACCCACACAAGAGAGACUUUUUACGCCACAGCACCUGUACUCUAAUACAUGUUGUCCUGUACUCUUGCCACAUUCGUCUCAGCCUGUUGUUGGUGUGAUCACACACUAAAGCAAGGUUUCCCAAACUGAGGGUUGGGACGCAGAAACAUGUCAUGAAUCAAUUUUUAUAGUUUCACUCAUUAUGAAGAAGAUGUUAUUUUCAUCAUUCAUCAAACAGGCAUCCAAUUAACUGGCAUUAGUCAUGUUUUUCAUCAAUUUAUGGACAGACAGGAUGUCUAAACGUCAGCCAUUUGUGACCCGUGUACACUUCAAUGUCAAAUUUAUCCUAAUACAGUAAAUGUAUGAAAGCAGAGGCAAAUCUUCCCAUAGGAAACAAUGUAAAUGUCCCUCGCCACUUUAUGAUUCACUCUAUCACGAUUUAACAGAAAUAUAUUCAUGAAUAAAUCAUAAUAGCCAUAAUAUAUGAACAUUGCAAGGAACAAGGCAUUCCGAAGACAGUGUUAAUAAAAUGUAGUAUCCUACACUGAUCACUCGGUGUCAAUAACAACAGACUUGAUCGCUGGAACAACAGGAUUUUAUUACAGGUUUGAAUUAUUUCACAACAGGCAUAAUAAUCCCUCGUAAAAACACGGGCUACUGUUGCGGCCAUAUCACAUUUAUAGCAACACACACAAGCAGAAACCUUAUUUAUGUCGUAAGUGGCUUAUUUUCCCUUCUCAUUUCUAUUAUAUUGGGUAAUACAAGACUACAUGGGUGUUACUUCAGGUAUAGAGGGCUCUAAUAAUGCUAAAAACUGUAUUUAGAAGGUUGGAAACAGGUUUUUCAUGCCAACAAUGAAAAUAUUGUAUUUAUUCUAGGAAGUGUACUUGGCAAAAAUUCAAUUAGCACAGUCAGAGUAAUCGGAGGGAUUACUGUAAUCUGUUCCAGACACUCGAAAGUAUCACCAAAUUUUACAUACAAAAAUGAUGUACAUGCAUAAAACAAUGGAAAAAAUGGAUAAAAUAUCCAAUUCAAUAGUGUUUCUGGCACUUGUAACUUUCUUUGGCCCCCAUGACAGGUGAUUUUGCACUCUUAAUGAAACAUGCAUGGACAGGGAGUCAGCAAUGUAUAAGGCACUUUGUAUAUUGUGCGAAAAAUGGUGCAAAAUUUGGGUGAAAAUGUUAAACGAAAACCGAGGUUUGACUAUUAAUGAUGUAUUUAAGCGAAUGCGAGGUCCCGGGAAGAAGCUACAAUUCUUAUUUGGGAAACUCCAUGCCCUAUAUUGUCAUACGUCCAAUGUCUUUACACUACUUUUAUAUCAGAAAAUGCCAAAAAGAGAAGUACAUCAUUUUUAUUUCUGUGUGUUUCUUUUUUGGUUCAAAUUCCACACACAAAAAAAACUUACAUUAGCUGCAACACAAGGUCUUUCAACCCAGAAAAAUGGACGGAUGCAUGGGCUACUUUGAUAUCCUCAAAUUGUGCUUAUUAAACACGCUAAAAGAUAUUCAGUGUAAGUCAUGUGUCAAACAGUUAAAUACAGUAUAUUUAAAUAAAAACAGCAUUCAUAUUAGUUUUGUGUUCUAGUUUCUCAAAAAUGUUAUGUUUAAUUUCAUUUCUAUAUGUCAUGGACCAAUACAAAAAUACAAAAUGGCUCGUGUGCUGGACUUUGGACAUCCACCCUGUGUAAACAACCCAUUCAUAUUAUUCUUCUCAAUCAGGAUUACUGAUUAGGAGACCCACACUUUACACAUGUUAAAGAAACAGGACCAAAUCAAGCAUACCGCUAUUUUUUUUUUUUUUUUACAAUUUCUACUAUUAAUUUUAGUACACACCUAUACGUCAUAAACAUUUUCUACUAAUAUGUAUGUUGUCAAAAAAAAAAGUGUUACAAAGUUCAAUCAGAUUCUCCUGCAUACAGUAUGUUAGUUGUUUGGUAUCUAUGUUAUUCUUCAGUUGUGUGUGCAGACAAAAAAUGAAUCAUAGUUAAAAAGGGGGAGGGGGGGCACGGGGAGGUCUGCAUCAUAUCCAAACAUGUACUUUUCAUAAGGGAAUUGCACAUAGCUGUGAAAUUUUGCAAUAAAAUUGUUGCAUUGAU